AAACUAAGUGCUGCGAUGAUGUCAAUAUUGAUGACGAAAUUACUGUGUUUUCGCUGCUGAUCGCUUGGGUUAGGCCUCCUCCGAUCCUAGGCUAGUACUGUAGGGGAGAAACUCAUACAUAAAGCUAUUUUGUAGUGCGGAGACCAAGCAAAGGUAGCAGGAAUAUACUCCUGUGGUAAGCCCACAUGGUUGUUUACUGAUAAUACCUGGAUGUGACAUUUGUGCUUCUCUGUGACCAUUGGUCAUGGCAGAAAACUAUGGGGAACUAUCAACAUCUGGUUGGGCUGUUGUCAAUGACAAAGGCAGAGUCUUUGGAUCAGAGAGUGAUAAUGAAAGUGGUGAACAAUCAGACUAUGUUGCCUUAGAGAAUGAUGUUGUACGCUACCAUCACAACAGUAGCAAUAGUACUAGUAAGGAUGAGGAAAUGAAGGAUGUAAGAAAUGAUCUAGUGACUGGGCCUAUAGAACUUACAGGUAUAGAUGCAGAGACUUCCAAAAUACAUAUUCCUUUGGGAGAAGCAGAACCUUCUCAAAUACCACCACCUGGCUGUGAAGAAUUGCCAGUGAAUAUAGAAGUGGAUGUUACUAGUUCUUCUGACCAUGUAGGGGAAUCAAUUCCAGUAGCUAAUGACUCACUUUUGGUUCCCAAACUUGAAAGAGGAAUGUCAAUUGGCGAUGUCAUAGAAGACAAUGUGAGAGCACGCUUAAAUAUUAGUCGCUCCCGUUUAUCUGCUUCAACCUCAUCAGCAACUGACUUUCUGUUGGAUGAAGUAAUAAACACAUCCAGGACUAAUCAAGACCUAAGUGAUGAAUACUCGGAUACAAGUGGAGAAGUUGCCAGUAGUGUUGAUACAGAAUGUAAUGUCAUUGAUGGUGGAGUGCAAGGUAUCCAGGCACAAUUGGAUGUGGAGGAUUCUUUACAAAUCAUUGAAAAAGCUGGAGAACAGACAGUGUGUGACUCUGACUCAGAUUUUGAACAUCUCAGCCAAGAUGACAUCCCAAGAGCCGAGGAAGUAAAACUUGCUAGAAAACCUAACACAGUUGAUACUCCAAUUGCACAAACAUCAAAGAGAGAAGAACUGGAUGCAAGACCACCAUUGUCAUCAAAUACAAAGUGGCUUCCUUCUUUAUUGCAAACUACAUCUGACGAUUCAGACUCAUCAAAGUUAUUUCAUCCUGGACGAGGACAUAGAGGGAAUAUACGGAAAAGAUUUACAGCUCGCCGAUCCAGAAACAGCUCAAUGUCAAAUGCAGUAGUGGCAGAGGAAUCAACCAAAAAAAAAACUGUUGGUAUUGAAAAAUACAAGGAGUUUGCUGCGGCAAAAAUCACCUAUAUCUUGUUGUUGAUAUUUGCAUUGAGCAGUGGUUAUUAUUUAGGAUCUUCUCAGACAAAUAGCUACAAACAACAUAUUGAGGUGGGACAAACCCAACGACUACAUGCACUGCAAGAUGAGUUACUUUCUUGCCUCAGCUCAGAGGAAAUCCAAAAAGAUCAACAGUCAGAUAUUGAGAACAUGCAAGGUUCUGAUGGUGUAACAGUUAAACCAACCUUUUGUGAGGAUAAGGAUAGCUAUAGCCAUUGGAUGGAUGUUGAAGAUGCUAUUAGCCACAAUGCUGCUUUAGAAACAAAUGUUGAAUUUGAGCAAGAGAAUAAUCUUCGGAGCAGAGAGAAUGAAAUAAACUCACUUGGAGGUGGUGAUUGGAUGGAUAUCGAUGAGGCCAAUAUCCAAGAUACUGAACUUGAAACAGAGGCAAUUCCUCUGAGUAGAGGUAGUGAAAAAAAAUCUGUGGACAGUGAAGAUUGGAUAGAUAUUGAAGAUAUCCAGAAUAAAGGCAAUGAAAGGCAAUCUGUUAGUGAAGGAGAUAUGAUGGAUGUUGAAGAUGCCAUUGACCAUAGUGUUGAAUUUGGAAAAGAGAAAAUUUCUCCUAAUAGAGAAGAGGAUUGGAUGGACUUGAAAGUGUAUGAAAUAAGCAAUGAAAAAAUGUCUGUUGAAAGUAAAGAUCUUAUAGAUAUUGAAGAUAUCCAGAAUAAAGGCAAUGGAAAGCAAUCUGUUAGUGGAGAAGAUACGAUGGAUGUUGAAGAAGGCAUUGACCAUAGUAUUGAAUUUGGAAGAGAGAAAAUUCCACAGAAUAGAGAAGAGGAUUGGAGGGACUUGAAAGAUGCUAUUUUCUUUCAUGAUCCUGUCAAAGAUGUGGAAUCUGAAGAUCAAAACAUUGAAAACGAACCAGUUAAGCAUAAUUCUAAGGAAAGCGAUGAUUCAGAUAAAAUUAAGGAGUAUGAAAUGAGGCUUGGAGAGUUAGAAGCUCAAUACAAAGAAAUGCAUGAGUUGUACAAACAAAAGACACUCGAACCACAGGAAUUGGUUCAAGAACUCUAUGAAAAGAUGAUUGCAUUAGAAUCUCAGCUUAGACUUACUACUGAAGCCUUAAAAGCAAAGGAAAAUGAAGCCUUAAAAGCAAAGGCAAAUGUUGAAUUAAAUGACUAUGCGGAGACUUCUGGAGAUGACCCUACUGGCCCUUCUGAUGACUCAAGUUGGAUGACUGUCCUCUCUUUUGACAGUUUGAAAAAGAAACUUGGUGAUAGUGUGGGAAAAGCAGACUCAAGUGUGCUUUGGUCAUACUAUGAUAAAACAAAAGAAGCUGUAGGUGCUGCCAAUAAGGCUACCUUAGAAGCUAUUGGCAGAGUUUAUGACUAUUCCAAAUCUGAAGAAUUUGCAUCAGACGUUGCUAACACCCAACAGCGACUUCAAGAGGCAUUAGACAGUCAGUGGAAAGUAGUGAAGAAAUCUUCUGAAGAUAUCUCAGCUUAUGUCAGAGAGACAGGUGAAAACGCAAAGAUAACCUUAGCAGAAAAGUCUAAACAGGUUAGAGAGACAAUAUCUGCAAUGGAUCUUGGUGGGAAAUGGCAGGAUCUGAAGAACUUCACAGCAUCUACAAACAUUGUGAACAAAACCAAGUCCACUUUGAGUGAUUUGUCAAAGAAAGUUGUCCAGAUGAAAAAUUACUCUCAAUCUGAUGAAUUCAAAUCGUCCAUGGUGAAGACCAAGGACACAAUCCUAGAGUCUCUAGAUGAAGCAGUUCAAAAUACCAAAGAAUCUGUCAGCGAAUUGGGAAACUCGCUGGGGGAUACCUGGUCAACUGUUAAAACAAGCAUGAAAGACAUCAGUUUCACAGCAACUGAAAAGUGGGAUGCUGUGAAAGAGUCUGUGAAAGAGAAAACAGGUUGGGGGAAAAUGAAGAGUAAGAAUUCUAGAAUGGAAAAGAAUAAAAAAAAGAAAAAACAAAAAUCUCAACCUGUUGGCAGUGGAGAUCAGAUGGAUACUAAAAAUAUAAAAAAUAAAGGUGAGCAUGUGAAAAAGAAAAGUAUGGAUAAAACAAACAAAAAGUGUAGAAAAGUAAGGGAAAAGAAAAACAAGAAAUCUCCACCAUUAGAUGUGGAAAACAUAGAACAACUACUAACAGGCAACUGGAGAAAGUUGUAUAAAAAGUAUUUUACUAUGAAAUGCAGAAAUGACCCAGUAUGUAUAGAGGAACAGAGAGACGAUGCAGAAAUUCUAAUAGAAGAAUUGCUAAAAUACAACGAAUGGUUGCAGAUGAACAACUACAAGAAUGAUGCUUUGGAAAUUAACGAAUUCAUUAAUGAACUCUGGCCAUUGGUAAAUGGUAAGGAAGUUCAUGAUGCCAUGCUUGCGAAUUUGAAAAGAAGUUUAGGUAUUGUACUGAAAAGUAUGCACCAACGAGCCCAGAGGCACAGGGAGCAAUAUGAAACUGUAAGCUCAUUUGGGAAUGCAAGGGAUGAUGGUCGAAGGUUUGCUGGAAUGGCAUUCCACAGCGAUGAUGAUUGGUAUUUUAAAAGGGCAAAAAGAAGAGAAAAAGAUGAUUUGUCUGAAAUGUCAAACAAAAGAGGUGAAGAUGAAGAAAACAACUAUGAUUGGUUUACUCUAAGAGGCAUACAUCGUGACAAGGAAAGAAAUGAUGACACACCAAAAAAAGAAGACUGGUUUCUGCGUAGAGGGAAGGACCGAGAAGACUCCAGAAGGAAGUGGGAUUCAGAAGAUGAACCUGCUUAUCCUAACUGGUACUUUAAGUGGACCCAAUGUAGAAGUGACAUGAGGACUGGUAUAUCCAUGUGGGAUCUUUAUAACUGGUUCCAUGAUUGGCAUUAUCAUUGGUAUUUUGCGAGAAACUAAAAUGCAUCUUGUAAACAUCAAUUUCACACAUUUACCAAAUACGAUCAUAUUUUAAAAAUUAAAUAUCACCCCUAUGGGAAUAAUCGUCUCUGUCACAGUUUUAGGGUUAUCCCAAAUAUGUCUUUUGUGGUUUGAUCAGUUCAUUUUCAUUUGUUCCUAUUUCAUAUUUUAAAGAGCAUUUGAAUAAAAACCAAAAAAAAAAAUACUUUAAAAAUACAAGCAUUGGGAUUUUCUCUUCUCGUUUUUAAUUUUGAAACAGUUGUAGCAAUAUAUUAGUAAGAAUUGCUUGCAUGGAAGCUUACAAAUGUGCUCAGUAAUUGUAUAUAGAUUGUUGUCGUACUGUUAAUAUACAGUUUUGUUUAUCCUUUUCCAAUUAUGAAAUACUUAUGGUUUAAGGAGGUAAUGUAUUAUCACCAGCUUUUGUGUCUCCAAGUAUUGCAAGAUAUGACAAACUUAUUUUAAUUUACCAGCCUAUGUGUUAGAAAGCAUUAUGGGAUAUGCACUUUUUCAGUAAAUUAUGAGACUUAUUUUACAAUGAUCAAGAGACCUGUAUUUAUAUUGAUUUUCAUGUUGCAAUACAUAAUGGGAAGAGUAUUUUACCCAUUUAAUUAUUUGAGGUCUAAUCAUUGUAAAGUAUUAAUAUAUUUUAAAUUAUGUAUUGGAUGUUUUUAAAUAGUGAAAUGUAUCCCUGUUAUGUUUAUGUUGAAUGCAUUUAACUUUGAGGGACCACAUAAUGAUUAGAUAAUUAGUUGCAGUCUAAGUACUGCGUGAAGGCAUGUUAUGUGAAUUGAGUUACGGAUAAAUGGUAAUGAUAUAGAUUAAUAUUGCCACAGUAGUAUGUGCCUUGGCAUGUAUAUUGUUAACACAUAGUAGAUAAUGAUAUAACAUAUUAUUUAAUUGCCUGAUGCAUUGAUGUAGUAAAAUAGGAGAGAAUUUUCUAAAGCUGGUGUGAAUGUACACAUGACAUGAUUAAAUUAAUUGGUACAAAAAGUAAAAUUGUGAUGUAGUAUAGUUUAAGGACAUAACACUAGCUCCCAAACUGUAAAGGAAGAUAAAACAUAAAUCUUUAAUUUGUACUAAGGAAUGUAUUUAGAAAUAAGACAUUUACUGGCAAGACAUUUACUGGCAUUUGUUGGAAAUUUGCAUUAAACUGUGACUUAUGAUAUGCAAGUUCCAAAUUUUAACAUGGUUAAAAAAAAAGAUGUAGAGUAUAGCUUCAUUGUUAGAAUUACUUAGUGAAAAAUUUAAAAAGAAAGUCAUUAUUUUUAGAAAGGAAAAAUACAAAAGAAUGAAUGAACAAUGUGUAGUGUAAAUAGAAAAGGAAUUUUUAUUACAGUAGAACUGUACAGUAAACAACUAGUGCAUUAACGUAAUAAGCGAAAAGAAUAUAUUAACAAAUGAUUUAUUGAAACAAUAUUUUAGUUUUUACUUUCAUUGAAUUUAUUAAUUCAUAUCAAUUACUGUAUGUUUACUAGAAACUCAGUUUGGUUGUUUUUCAAAAAUACAUGUUACAUUUCGUUAAAGCUAUAUACAUUUUUUGGUCAAGUCAAAGCAUUAUUUUUAAGUGUUUAAAUAAUACACCCCAAUGUUGUUAACAUGCUCAAAAUACCAUUUUCCACACUUGCUUUUUUGUACAGACCAUCUCAACUCAAUUCUAGGUAAAUAUCAACAUUUAAAUUGCAAAAUAAAGUGUAUAUAUUAUGUAUUAAAUGCUGGUGAUAAUAAUGUAACAGAAUGGUAUAUUGAACUAUUCCUCGGGUUGUAGACUCUCAAAAAAAGGAUACUCACACUGGUGAAACUUUAUAAUUAUUUUAAUUGCUUAACAAGUAGAAAUACUAGCACAGUAUACUGUUACUUAGUAAAAUAAUGGUCAUUUUGUUACAUUGCAAUUUCAGUUUAUACAAUUUACCAUCUGAUAAAAUUUUAGCACUUAGUUUUCUUUCUGGAAAACCUGCCAAAUAAAGUUUUUCUUGGGACUGCUAAA